CAAAAAAUAGAAAAGAAAUAUAUUUUUUUUAGAAAACAGAGACUGACUUUCCGUGAAGAAAAGUUAUCUUUUAGUAUUUCUUUGAUUUUGUUUCUCUGGUUUCUGUUAGCGAGGAGGAGAGGAAGCGUUUUUGCUUAGGUGACAGCGCGGUUUUGUAACGGGGAAUGCGAAUUCCUACGUUGAGGUGGUGCUAACGCGACAGCUGAGUGAUGGCGAUGGAAGGAAGAUGACCGCUGAAUGGAAUUCUCAUUCGAUGCAGGAAUUCCAAUGUCUCGAACAGCAGUGCCGGCAGUGACUAUGGCUGAAGGAUCCUCGCUUUCGCCAUCGUUGAAUCAAGACAUGCUGUGGCAAAUGAACUUGAGAUCCAGUGAAACGAUGGAAUCUAGUCCCUAUCCCGAGCGUCCCGGAGAACCUGAUUGUUCUUAUUAUAUCAGGACAGGCCUUUGUAGAUUUGGGGAAACAUGUCAUUUUAAUCAUCCUCCUAACCGAGAACUGGCUAUUGCUGCAGCAAGGAUGAAAGGAGAGUUUCCAGAAAGAGUAGGACAACCUGAAUGUCAGUACUACCUGCAAACAGGAUCUUGCAAAUUUGGAGCUACAUGCAAGUUUCACCAUCCUAAAGACAAAGCUGGGAUAGCUGGGAGAGUUUCCUUAAAUAUUUUGGGCUACCCUCUUCGUCCGAACGAGACUGAGUGUGCUUAUUAUCUAAGAACUGGACAAUGCAAGUUCGGGAGCACUUGUAAAUUUCAUCAUCCUCAACCAACUAAUAUGAUGGUUUCAUUGCGUGGCUCUCCUGUUUAUCAAACUGUCCCUUCUCCAACUACUCCUGGUCAGCAGUCUUAUCCAGGAGGAAUCACAAAUUGGUCAAGAGCAUCUUUCAUUCCCAGUCCCCGUUGGCAAGGUCCAUCAAGUUAUGCACCCUUGAUUUUACCCCAAGGGAUGGUAUCAGUUCCAGGCUGGAAUGCUUAUAGCGGUCAACUGACAUCAGCCUCUUCUUCAGAGAACCUGCAGCAGACAAAUGUAAAUCACCAAAUCUACGGAACCUCACGCCAGAAAGAAUCAGCAACUGCAGGAUCCCAAGCAUCCUUUUCUCUGUUACAGUCUGGUUCUGUUCCUGUAGGUGUUUAUGCAUUGCAAAGGGAGAAUGUAUUUCCGGAAAGACCUGGCCAGCCCGAGUGCCAAUUUUACAUGAAGACUGGAGAUUGUAAGUUUGGUGCAGUUUGUAGGUUUCAUCACCCAAGAGAGAGAGUUCUUCCUGCCCCUGAUUGUGUGUUGAGUCGUAUAGGCCUUCCAUUACGCCCGGGCGAACCUCUGUGCAUAUUUUAUUCUCGAUAUGGAAUUUGCAAGUUUGGUCCAAGUUGCAAGUUUAACCAUCCUAUGGGAAUUUUCACAUACAAUUACUCAGCAUCAUCUACAUCUGAUGCCCCCGUUCGCAAUUUCCAGGGGUCAUCGUCAGGAUAUACUGGGUUAAACCUGUCAUCAGAGGGGCUUGCUGAAGCAGUUUCUACAAAGACCAGAAGACUCUCACUGUCCGAAAAUAGACAGAUGUCUCCCAGUGAUGAUAAUAUUGACACAGAGGGAUAAAAGCUGCAACAAGAUGUGGGUUGAUUACAUUUAACAAUAGUUUUGGUGGAUGAGGAAGAGUAAUCUGUAAAUUCAUUUCCCAUUGUUGGAGAUGUACAAAGUUCCUGCCAAGUUGAUUUUGUUCUCUGAAAAAUAUGCAAUUCAGCCAACAAUUGCAUCUUCUGAAUUUCAUAAUGCUGCAUUGUAUAAAUCUGAAAAUUGUCACAUUUGGUAAAACCUUAUGUGAACAAUUCAUCUGUCCCGAAGCUCGUUUUCCUUUCU